UUAAUAAAAACUUGAAUAAAAUUUCAGAAAAUUCAGAAUAUGAAGACGUCGCCUAUCCUAAUUAUGAGAAUGACGGAACAGAAGGUGAAGGAAUUAAAGAAAAUAAAGAGACUUUAUUAUUAAAAAAUAAAAAAUUUCAAAAAAUAAAAUUUGAUAAUGUUGAAAUGAAUUUGGAAGGAAUAUUUACUACAACAAAACAACAAACAGAAGAGAAUAAUGAGGAAGAAGAAAAUGAUGAAGAAAGGGAUACAACAACAAUAGCUACAAGAAGAUUUGUUUAUGUUACCAAAAGGCCUAGACCGAAACUAUAA